GAGGCAGUGAAAGUUUACAAAGCAAACAAGUUAAAAACUAGGUCAACAUCAUUACACUUAUUUUGAGUAAACUAAUUUAAAAUGGGGCCAGACUACGAUCGAACGUCUGUUUUAUUUACUGUAAAGCUGUUGUUAGCGGCUGUCAAGUAGACCCCCAACUCAUGGCGACCCCAUGCAUAAUGGGACUGGACCGCUGGGAUCCAUAGGGUUUUCACUGGCUGAUUUUUGGAAGUAGAUAGCCAGGCCUUUUCUUCUUAGUCUAGAUACUAGUAAAACAAAGUUUUCACAAAAGGAUGAACAGAGGUAGCUUUUUUCCAACAUUGUGAUAGAGAAGAAUAAGGAUGUCCUGAGUCCCUGAUCUUUCACUCAGGGUGCUCUACCCCCUUCCACCAGAGAUUGUUUAUUGGGCACUACUACUGCCAAGGAGUGUGCCAGGUACAUUACAUAUCAAAGCCACCAAACCCGUUGCUGUCAAGUUGCUUCUGACUCAUAGUGACCCUGUACAACAGAGUAGAACUGCCCCAUAGGGUUUCCAAGGAGCGGCUGGUGGAUUUGACCUGCCAACCUUUUGAUUAGCAGCCAAGCUCUUAACCACAGUGCCAACAGGCAGAUGGAUAAACAUUAUAUCCCCAUUUUGUAGAGGAAGAAAUGGAGGCUUAGUAAGGUUAAGAGAUACUUGUGCAAGGUCACAGUUGAGGAAACCAACAGUCACUGAACUGACUUCAAAAUUAUACUGACUCUGGUUACCUAUCCUUGGAUACUUUUGGGAACAAGGCAGUGGAUCUGUGAAGCAAAUGAUACUGCCCUGUCACUUUGCAUAGAUUAUCAUUUAAUAACAAUGAAGAAGCCAGGAGUCUAAGAAAGAAUCUUAUUAACAUGGAGACAUGCCAUCCCACCAGGAAAUCAGAAUCGUUUGCAUAUUUGGAUUUCCUUUGGGAAGCCAUAUGGGAAAGAGACUGGAGAAUAGACAGCUGGAUGCCUGUGAAAGUCAAACUGGUGUCUUUCCUCUUCCUCUUGAGUUUUAACCUUCCAAGUUUGUUUAUAGGUAAGCCACAACUUGCAGCUGAGUGAACCAGUCCCAUCACUAAUGACAACUCCUCCGGGGCCCACAGUCAGGCAGCUCCUUAUCGCAUUCUGCCCCCAUGAGUAGGUGUGCAACCAGAAUCCAUCUGGCUUGAGCUGGUGACGAUUCCAGCGAGGCAGCAGAGUUUGGGUUUCCUCUCCUCCCCUCAAGAAGUGCCUUCAACAGGGAUGAUGAAGUGAAAACCUGGCUGGUUAGGAAAGUAAAUAGAUGCAAGGCAAAUAAAUAAAAUGCCCAAAAGCAACUACAGGGACGCAGUGACAUUUUUUACGUCAGUCACUUUUCUGAUGGACAGUAGGCCUACUUUGCAGAGUGCCGUGAGAACGCUUCCGGGAGGGGGGCAGUGGCCAAACAGCUAGAGUGACAUGAUAAGAAAAUCAAACAAAAAACGAUGGGAGAGAUGACCCCACCAGUCAUUUAAGGCUGGAAGUUGCUGCUUUUAUCUUCACUCUCGUGCCCCACUCCCACCGAUUUCAGAUGUUCCUUUUAUGCAAGUUGUUUCCGAGAUUGUAACUCUCUGCUGAGAUUUGAGUGGGAUUUGCGAAUUUUGAGAAGUCCUGCAGCGUCAGAGGUGUAAUCAGCUGCAAAAUCACCCUUUUUGAAGAGUUCUGUGUUUUGCCACUCGACUCUGUAACUGUGCCAAAGAAGGACUCCAUGAAAGAUGACAGAAGAAGUGAUUGUUAUAGCAAAGUGGGAUUACACCGCUCAACAGGAUCAGGAACUUGACAUCAAGAAGAACGAGCGCCUGUGGCUGCUGGAUGACUCCAAAACAUGGUGGCGGGUGCGGAAUGCGGCCAACAAGACGGGGUACGUGCCGUCCAAUUACGUGGAAAGAAAGAACAGCUUGAAGAAGGGCUCGCUUGUGAAAAAUCUUAAAGACACACUGGGCCUGGGUAAAACGAAAAGGAAGACCAGUGCGCGAGAUGCCUCCCCGACGCCCAGCAUGGAUGCGGAGUACCCGGCCAACGGGAGCAGCACCGACCGCAUCUACGACCUCAACAUCCCAGCCUACGUGAAGUUUGCGUAUCUGGCCGAGAGGGAGGACGAGCUGUCCCUGGUGAAAGGGUCCCGGGUCAUCGUCAUGGAGAAGUGCAGUGACGGUUGGUGGCGAGGAAGCUACAACGGGCAGAUCGGUUGGUUUCCUUCCAACUAUGUCAUGGAGGAGGUGGACGAAGCGAGCGCGGAUUCCCCAAGCUUUCGGAGCUUGCGGAAGGGCGCCUCCAUGAGCAACGGCCAGGGCGCGCGAGCCCUCCACGUGGUUCAGACGCUGUACCCGUUCAGCUCCGUCACCGAAGAGGAGCUCAAUUUUGAGAAGGGAGAAACGAUGGAAGUGAUUGAGAAACCCGAAAAUGACCCAGAAUGGUGGAAAUGUAAAAAUUCCCGGGGGCAGAUUGGCCUUGUUCCCAAAAACUAUGUGGUGGUCCUCAGUGACGGGCCCGCCCUGCAGCCUUCCCACGCCCCUCAGAUAAGCUACACCGGACCUUCGGCCACUGGACGGUUCGCUGGCAGAGAGUGGUACUAUGGGAGCGUCACGCGGCACCAGGCGGAGUGCGCCCUGAACGAGCGGGGCGUGGAAGGGGACUUCCUCAUUAGAGACAGUGAAUCUUCGCCCAGUGACUUCUCCGUCUCUCUUAAAGCAUCAGGGAAGAACAAGCAUUUCAAGGUGCAGCUCGUGGACAAUGUCUACUGUAUCGGGCAGCGGCGAUUUCACACCAUGGACGAGUUGGUGGAACACUACAAAAAGGCACCGAUCUUCACCAGCGAACACGGGGACAAGUUAUACCUCGUCAAAGCCCUUCAGUGACGGUCGAGGCGGACUCCCCUCCCCCCGUCCUCUUCCAGCUACAGGCCUUAGGUCCAACACUCACGUUUGCAGAGCAGAGCUCAUCCGCCUGAAGAGGAAGGCUGAAGCCACUGGCUUCUCCUGCAGAGGGUUGUGCUCUGUCUGGUGGUGCGUCCUUUAGUGGGUUCCUUUGCGAGUUUAUCUUUUUACUCGGUUCUCUUUGUGUUGCGUUUGCCUUAGGUUUAAACCUUAAGCAGCCAUCUCGAGUGCUCACAUCCAUGCCCAAGUCCAGCCCCCCACACUAGGUUCGUAGAAUUUGGAGACUGAAGAGAGGCACGUUUGUUUGCUUUAUUCUUUUUCAGUUGGAAAUGGUGUUAGUCUGUUCAAAUUGUUCACGCUAACAGAACCCCUCGUGAGAAAGGCAUUGGGCACAGUUGGAUGCACUAAAGCUGCUUUUAAUUAAGUGAGAUAGAGGACACUCAAGAAGGUGGUGGCCGGGAGCUCUGGGGCCCUUUUGCUUACUACGUAGCAUAUCAGGAGUUUCUAGGUCCCAGAAGCGCUUGUUCAGCUGCCCUUUGCUCUCACGUUGCUUCCCAAACCCUCCAGAGAGUGAACGUGUUUGAUGAUAGCACUGAACUACCAGGUAAGAUUAUCGUUACAGGAACCUGUCUAGUGCAUUUUGGGCUGUGCUUGCAAUAAAGAAAGAACAUCCUUGAAACUCAGUCCGCAAAAGAGAGAACCGGUGACUCAAAGAAUAGAAUGUUUUGGUAGUUUACCCCCAAAUGUGCCAUCCACAUAGUGCUUUUUCCUCUUGCCCUUCUGCUUGCUUGAAUUUUAUAAUUAUGUAUUUAAUUCUCAAAGUCAUAUGUACCUAUAGCCGUUUGUUGACACUAAUACAGAUGAUUAUGGAAAACAGCUGAUCUUUGGGGAAGGGGCUCUACCAACACUUUAUAUAUAUAUAUGUGUGUGUGUACGUGUGUGUAUAGACAUAGACACACACAUACACACUAUAUAUACGUGUAUAUAUACAUAUAUGUAAUUUGCUUUACAGGGAAAUUUUUUAGGGUUUACAGAGAAUAUGUGAUUGGUAGUGAGAGACACAGAAUGUUUAUAAAGAAAAUUGCAUUUUCUUUUUCUUUACAUUUAAAUUUCUUUAUAGUUUAAAUAUACGUCUUGAGAUGGCACAUUCCUAAGAUUGAAGAAGGGGUCUUGAGAUUCUCCUAAACUUGCAUACCCAGUUUUUUGGAUAUUGUAAUAAAAAAGUAUUAUGACGAGA